AUGAAGCACAUCCAGAAGCAGCGAGAAGAGGCAGCUGCCAGUGGUAGUCCGCAAACCCCCAAUGGGAUUUCAAGUUAUUACGAGAGGCCCGGCGUAAUGGCAGAGAUGGACGAAGAUGUUUGGUCGCAGUCUGAAGCAACACCAGUUGUACAACAUUUCCCAGCCGGCAAAGGUGGUCUGCCUGCAGGUGACUGGCAAGCUCUGAACCCUGGCACGACAUUCGAUCCACCUGUCAACCACAUGAUGAUCGACCCAUUGCUUCUUGGUUCCGGUGCUGCGUACCCGGCAAUGCAUGCCGAGAUGCCUCGCGAAGAGCUGAUGUACGCCAUGAACGGCAUGCACCUUAUUCCUGGUCCUAAUGGUACACCGGUUUCGAUCCCUCCGGAGUACGCCAACAUGACGUAUCCAAUGCAGUACCAAGCAACAGGAAGGCAAUCGUCUCCACACAGCUAUGGUUCUGUAGACACCGGAUCACCACAGUCUGGAGUGAGCGCGAACUCCUCCCAGAACGGCGCCGCCAUCGCCGCUUGCAGAUACCCUGUUUUGGGGCCACUACUACCCCACCUAGGACCGAUACUCAAUGUCACCACCGCAUGCGAUCUCCUCGAAUUCUACUUCCAAAGUUCCUCGUCGGUAUUCAUGGAACCGGUUUCACCGUACAUUCUCGGAUCCGUUUUCAGGAAGCGAAGUUUCCUCCGACAACACAAGCCCCGGAAAUGCAGCCCCGCUCUGUUAUCAAGCAUGCUAUGGGUCGCUGCCCAGACGAGUGAAGCGAGCUAUCUGACAUCUUCGCCGUCAGCCAGAGCUAUCAUCAGCCAGAAGCUGUGGAAGCUUACAGUAGAUCUGCUCAAGCCUCUUGUCCACUCUCCAUCUUCUCACGGUUUCGCUCCUGGACCUGGCUUGACAUCUGCCGCACACGACGCUUUCGGGGUUGACCGAGCUAUAGGACGAUACGAUGGAAGACCCGACGGAGCAAUGCCACCCACCAGCACCCUGGAUGAUGUCGCUACGUACAUCAACCUCGGAGUCGUGACGUCCGCGAGCGAAUACAAAGCGGCUUCUUUGCGGUGGUGGAACGCGGCAUGGUCGCUGGCUCGAGAACUAAAAUUAGGCCGAGAACUGCCACAAGGACCCGUGAAAGAGCGAGAGACAGCUGCAACAGAGAAGGAGAUUGAGGCGGGUAUGCCGGAAGGCGCCAGCGCGCAGGCACCCGUGGGCACACCAUCUGCAGCAAUCGUGGAAGAGAUGAAAGAAGAAAGGCGCCGACUGUGGUGGUUGCUGUACAUGGUUGACCGGCACCUUGGACUCUGCUACAACCGACCGUUGGCGAUGCUUGACAACGAAUGCGAGGACUUGUUCCAGCCGGUUCCUGACACCCUCUGGCAGGCGGGCGAGUUCUACACUGGCCACCCAGGGUCACGGAAACGGGGACUCAAUUUUGAGUGCACAUCGCAUGACAUUUUCGGUUUCUUCCUGCCCUUGAUGACGAUUCUCGGAGACAUUGUAGAUCUGAAUGCACAGAAGAACCAUCCAAGAUUCGGCCAACGGACAUCCUGGGAGCUCCACGAGGCAGAAAUCACCCGCCAGUUAGAACGGUACGCGUACAGCAUCGAGGACUUCAAGGCGCAACAUGGCUGCGGCUCGAAUGAGGAAGCGCAGGCCAACAGCACCCCAGACCCAGUUCGGAGUGAGUGGAUGCAUCAGACGAGGAAAGUCGCGGCAUAUGCCACCCACAUCAUGCACGUGUUGCAUAUCCUGUUACACGGCAAAUGGGAUCCGGUGGCACUAUUGGAGGACGACAACAUGUGGAUUUGCUCACAGUCCUUCCUUGCGGCGACUUCCAACGCGAUAUCCGCUGCGCAUGCGGUAGAAGUCAUACUGGAUGUUGAUCCGGAUCUGUCGUUUAUGCCCUACUUGUUCGGCAUGUAUCUCCUACAAGGAAGUCUGAUCCUGCUCCUUCUAGCGGACAAGCUAUCGACCGAGACCAAUGACGGGGUUAUUCGAGCGUGCGAAACCAUUGUCAGGGCACACGAGGCGGCCGUUGUGACUCUGAACACCGAGUAUCAGAGAAACUUCCGCAAAGUGAUGAUCUCGACAUUAGCGCAAAUAAAAGGCCACGGCCACGCCAGAGAGAUGACGCCUGCGAAGCGGCGAGAAGUCCUAUCCUUGUAUCGCUGGACAAGUUUAGGAAACGGAUUGGCCAUAUAA